GUACGCGUAGUUUUGUGCUAUUAAGGUGGUUUCGUAAUUUAAUUUAAAAGUAAUUUUUCCCAAUUACCAACAUUUCGUUAUAUUAAUAAUAGCUGCUCUAUAUCCUAACGUGAAUUCAUCGCCCCUUUAAAUCAAUUUGGUUUGUGCUACUUAUCAUCAUGAUAAAGGCAUGACUCAUUAACCUGACAACUGCUGAAACUUAGAUGGCGCUUAAACAAGAAUGUGUGCCGGCGCUUGCGUCUCCGAUGCUCCAUCGCACCGAAUAUAGGGAAGCCGGCCCACCGCCUCUGGCCACUGAGGACUUCGAAGAGGACGAGUUCCAAGAUGCAGCCGAAGAGCAACUUGAGUAUUCCAUGGAUUUACGAACGGCCUUCGAAGAGUGUGAGGUUGCAAUGAGAAAAUUUUUCAAUAACGACCUGGUGGGAGCGUCGAAUAUAAUGAAACCUUGGUGCCGCACGUCACUGUACCACAGCCUUGGCAUGUCCAUCUUCGAGUUUAUCCCCGCCAUGUUGACAUUCGACCACGGGCAGAUCAACCGCGCCCUAGCGGCGCUCAAAGUGUGCAUCUCCAUCUGCAAUCAGCAUCGGAGGAACUUCUCACUCGUCGAGAGCAUUGGCACUAUGAUAAGAAAGCCAAAUUUUAGCACGUACACAGACUUAGAGGCGCACGCCGAGCUCUGCUACGCGGAAGCUUUGCUGCUCCAAGCCAUGAUGACUAUCAUGGAGGGGGAGGAUCUCACUGGCCUUAUCAAGGGCACCAUCAAAGUCAAGAACUGCUACAAUAGCUAUAAAGACUGCGCCAAGAUUCUUGCGCGCAAACAGUGGGAGAGUGAAACGUCGCGGAUACAUUUCCAUAGCGGCGUGCGCCUGGGUACUGCCACGUUCAACGUGAUGAUAUCGCUGCUGCCUCCCAGGAUCAUCAGUCUGCUGGAGUUCGUCGGCUUUUCAGGAAAUAAGAGCUAUGGCCUGACAGAGCUGGUGGCCGGCAUGCGGUCCGCGGGCCUCCGGGCCGUGCUGUGCGAGCUCACGCUGCUCGCGUACCACCUCGUCAUCUGCCACUUCAUCGGCGCGCAGGCCGACCUCGACAUCUGCCAGGAGAUACUGGACAAGGAGCUCAAGGUGUAUCCGGAUGGUGUAUGGUUCCUGCUGUUUAAAGGGCGGCUCGAGCUGAUGCGAGGCAUGUUCAAUCCGUCCAUAGUCACGUACAACUUAGCCAUAGACAGCCAGGACAUGUGGCUGCAGUUUCGGCAUGUCUGCUACUGGGAGAUCAUGUGGGUUAAUGGGUUAAAAAUGGAUUGGCGGCAAGCUGCAGUGUAUGCCAACAAGCUAAUGGAGGAGAGUUCGUGGUCGCGGACGAUCUACACCUACACCAAGGCCGCGCUGCUGCUGCAACUUGGGGAAGACCUGAAGCUCGGGGAGAGACAGCAGUGCAACGAUCUCAUGAGGAACGCGUCUUACUACAAGCAACGCAUCGCAGGCAAAUCGCUCCCGAUGGAGAAGUUCAUGAUCAAACGUUGCGCGCGCUACAGCGCGCAGGGCCACCAGCUCGUGCUGCCCGCGCUGGAGCUGCUGUGUCUGUGGAACAUGUUCCCGGUGCUCGCACGGCACGAGCGCGCCGCGCAGGACGUGCUCAAGUUAAUAGAAACUACCCGCGACCGCCUGGACGCUGGCCCUAAGGAGUGGAUGGCUGGCUACGAGGCCGACAACCGCGCGCUGCUGUGCUACCUGCACGGGUGCUGUCUCUCCGCCAUGGGCCUCCCGCGGCUCGCCCUGGACUCGCUCGACUCAGUCAUGCUGUUGAAGAACUUAAUCAAAGAGGAUACGUUCCUGCUGCCGUACGCGAUGGCCGAGAUCGCCGUAUGUUACCAUUACUUGGGCGACGAUGAACGCGCCCUGCAAAUACUCACUGACACCAGGAAAAAAUAUUCUGGAUAUUCACUAGAAUCGAGGCUUCAGUUCCGUAUGCACUCAAGGAUGAUCAUGAUAAAGGAAAAAGAACUGAAAAACAAAACAGGAUCCGUAAAAAAAAUUACAUCAUAAUUAAACAUUUUAUGUGUUGAUGACGAUGACUGUACUUGGCUUAGUUUAAAAAUCACGAGUAAUUGUCAGUGUUCCUGAUUUCUAAAAACUACGAUAACAUGGUGACGAUAUCAAUAUAAGUUCUGCGGAAUCAGGUAGUGUUGUUAGUCGCCGCAACAAACUGGGGUUGGGGUACCAAGUCUGUCUUUUUGUAUGACCAUGCGGACAUUAACACUUCGCGCCAAUAAACAAGGGCCUUCUGUCCUGUCCCAUGUCCCAUACAGUUCACGCACGCUCCCUAUCCUUUGUCCCUGUCGGAUAACAUUAUGGAUGAUUAUGAGCUAAGCAACAUGUCAGGAGCUUUAUUACCUAAUCAUAGUCAGCUGUUAUGUUAGAUAUUGUCAUUACAUUUUAACAACUACUUACUUCACUAACUUGACGUAGACAUAAACCUUCAAAUUUUAUAAGAGAUGCUACUAGUUGAAAACUAUGUAUAAAGUGUUAAUCUACUUAUCUAAAGUCUACACGUGUAGUACAAUAUAUCUUAUCUACCCAUUAGAAAGAAGACAUUUACCUUAUAAUUGUAAAUACUGUUUGAGAUCGUAAUUUUGAGUCGCAGUGUUCGAUUGCAAUUAAUUACUUCAAGCAGGCGGGCGAGAGCACUAAAUAUAAUCAUAAUGUCUUUAUGACCAUGACAUUCCGUGCGAGUGCAUUCUGUCAAGGAAAUAUUGUUAGGCACACAUGCACCAUUCCACUGGUUAAACCUGGAGUUGCCAUACAAUUUGACACUGGGUUAACGGUUUGUCCAGUUAACCCCGGGUUAGUGGGAUGGUGCAAGUGGCCCUUAGGGUUUCUAAUAAAGAGAGAUUGCAGAAGACAUGUAAAGUCUAAGGAAACAUAGUUGCCCCUAGUUUGACAGUUGCAAUCGAUGGCGCUGUACUGCAUCAUAAGUUUUGUGGUCAUCGAAUUGUCAUACGUCAACUUUUGACAGCAAGAGUUACGUUACUGCUAUGGAAUACCGUCCAUAGUUAGUGCAUACUCGUAAUGUUCGCAGCCGCACACAUCUCUAUCACCAUCUACAUCAGCUGUCAAAUUCGAAGCACGAAUUUCUCUUAAGACUACCCAUAUUAUACAAUCAAUGAAUGUUUCUAAUAAGUGUGAUAGGAAAUGGCUCCAUGGACUUUGGGUUACUAUAUACGAAUAUAAUACAGGCUGUAUAGUUUUAUAUAAACCCUGUAUAGUAUAAACGUCUAAAAGUAAAGAAUCAACUAAUAGCAUAAGUAAAAAUAUUAGUACAAAUUCGAAUCAAUAUCAAUAAAGUAUAUGACUUCAACAAUCUAGAAAAACGUAUAGCGAGUAACAUGUAGGCUUAGCACAGGAGCGUCGUGACAGUAAUUUAGGGAAUGCAAACCGGUUUUUUUGUAUGAAAUUUCGGUUAAUAACCGGUUAUAAACCGGUUUUUCCAUACAAUUAAAAACCGGUUUGCAUUCCCCAGAAAGUAUCUCACCCGCGAGAUUAGACUAGGUAUAAUUAAUACAGUUAGAUAAAGACGGGUAGUCUAUCUCGCGGGCGAGACACUGUCGCGGGCGUCGCGGCGCCCCUCUGCUAAGUCUAUUGGUUUGAUAAAGGAAUAAUAAGAGACUAUGUAUAUGUAUUAUUAAAUUCAAAACCAAUGUUUUUUAUUUAUAUUUAGAAAAUUAUGAUGCUAGUUCUUGUAAUAUCAAAAAUACCACAUUCGAUAAUUUACAACCAAAUAAAUUAGCAUUAUAACACCAAAUUGUUUGUAACUUUUUGUCUACUUUGUAUUUAAAUUAUUACUUACAUAAAUGCCUGUCUGGGCUGUUAUUUUUUGAAAGUGUGUUAAAAAUGUGCCUUUGCAUUUAAGAUAUAUUUUAUUAACUAUAAUGAAAAGGGAAGUCCCUAAAUGAAGUUGUUUUUUUUUUACGUUAAGGGCCAAAGACAACAGCCCUAAAACUGGUAUAUAUAAGUGAAAAAAAAAAAUACAAUUUUGACACUAAACAACCAUUUUUCCAUAUUUUUUCCUAUAACUGUCAAAUGAAAAAGGCGCUACUUUAGGCAUAAAUUCGUGUCAAUAAUUUCUAAAAUAAGCUAUUUAAAUCCAACUUUUAGAUAGACAUUUGUAGAUAGAUAAUCUGUUAAUUUGUUUGCCACAAUGCACACAGAAAAUGACAAAGAAGUGUUUAUUUCCGCGACUAAACUAUACCUGACAGACAGAUAAGUAUAGUUACGUAUUCAGGUUUGGCUCUCUACUACUUACUUUGUCUUGUUUUUAAAUAAGUCUUAAGAAUAAAUAUGUAUAUUUUUUAGACUGUUCAUAUAUUUUUGCUACUAAUACAUAUCUAAGGAACAUGAAUAGUCAAGUUAAAGUUUCAUAUUUUUUAGAUAAUAUAAUAAUUCAGCCUGUAUCUUAGGAAAAAAUAGUUAAAAAUGAUUUAUUGUUAUUUUCCUAAAUACUACUAUUUUUUUACUUAAGUAGUCUACACUUAUCGCUUGAUCGAAUUUACCUUUUUUAGGGUUUCGUAGUCGACUAGAAACACUUAAGGAUUUGCCACACUGGAUGCGUUCUACGGGCAGCGGUCAAGUCAAACUUCAACUUCAAAGGUUUCUGUCAAUGUUGUUCAAUACAUAAUGCGGGAUUGACCUGACCGCUGACCGCAGAACGCAUCCAGUGUGGCAAAUCCUUUAUAGUUUCGCCAUGUCCAUCUGUCCGUCCGCGGCUUUGCUCCGUGAUCGUUAGUGCUAGAAAGCUGCAAUUUGGCAUGGAUACAUAAAUCAUGCAUGGCGACAGAACGGUAAAAAAAUGAAGAUUUUGGGUACCUCCUAUACAAAAUUGUUAUUUUUUUUGUUAAUUUUGUUUUUAGUUUUAACCCAAAUAUGUGGGGUAUCGUUGAAUAGGUCUUUCAAAACGAAUAAGGGUCUCCAACAUGAAAUUUUUUUAUGAAAAUUAUAGCGAACAUGAUUGUUCCUGCCGUUUUUAAAUUAUUGCAAAAGGUCUUCUCUUCUUAGUAAACAGACGUACAAAGCGCUGCGAAGGUACUCCCUUGUGCUUGUAAUAUACAUGACAUGAUACAUACUUACUAAUAGCCGCCGAUUGGCCUGUUCUGACAGAAUGGUAACUACGAAACCCAGCUCUGAGCAAGGCCCGACAUGCUCUUGGCCGUUUUUUUUAAAUUGCCAGUAGAUAAUCCAAUAAAAUAAAAUAAAUCCCUUUUUCAGUUGUAGCGCGGUAAUUUAAAUUUCUACCUGAAAUCUAUUAUCGUGGUUACUAUUGUUAUUUAUUUUUUAUACUUGUUAAUGUGAUAUAGAAAUAAUGAAGUGUUGUUAUUAGAGAAAUAGCAGACAGUAAAACUUCGUAUGCCUCUGUAAUAUUUUGGCUGUUCAAAACAUGAACUUAAUAUAGACAUGCUUAUAAGUUAUAGUUGUAUAGUUGUACUAGCGACCCGCCCUGCCUUCGCACGGGUGCAAUACUGAUGUAUAAUAUAAUAUAAUAAUACCUUUCUCUUGAAUCACUAUUAAAAAAACCGCAUCAAAAUCCGUUGCGUAGUUUUAAAGAUCUAAGCAUACAUAGGGACAGACAGACAGCAGGAAGCGCCUUUAAAUUGUUUUAUAGUAUGUAGUGAUUCUGGCAUGUGUCUGGACUAUUAUACCUUUAGGUUAUUAAAGACAUGGGUUAUCUACUCGUAGAUUAGCAGCUAGCAGCUACACUUUAUUAUGGACAUGAGUACUAUUAUAUUUAUAUUUUCCACUCUUUAUAGCAAUCUGGCAACACUAGACACAUUUAUUUGGAUUGGCAUUUUCAUAAACGCAAAUAGAUGAUAUGGAAGUAAAAAUAUCUAAUGUAAGUUUCAAACUAGUCUACAUGACCUUCCAUUAAAACCCUACUGAUCAACCGUCACAAUACUCACAAUGACGUGAUUAUGUUGAAUGGGGUUAGCCGGUCGAAGUGUCUAGCAGAUGACGCCAGCAUAGCUUGCCCUGUCAAUCACUAGAAUUGUGUUAAAUUCUUGUUUUUUUUAAUAGAAUUUUAUGCCCUGGACCCUUUAAGCCAAAUUUCAUAGAACUCAACCAGAGAAAGGGGCAAGCUAUGGUGGCGCCAUCUAUGCAAACCUUUGACAGUUGCCAACCCCAUUUUCAGUUUUAAACCCUUCCCGCAUAACCGGGAAUGAAGACUCUUCAACCAAACAGAUUUCGCAUUUUUCUCUGCCAGCUCGCCCUUUAUGACUUUCAAGACACCCUUGUGUCGCUUAACUUCAAACUCUUCCAUUCGACCCUUUUAGCAAAUAUCUACCCUAUUACCUUUUCUUAAUACCAAAAUCGCAAAAUCUGACAGAUGGAUUUACCCGAGUUUGAAGUUAAGCGACUCACUUUUACUUGUUUUUAACCGACUUCAAGAUUUCAAAGGAGGAGGUUCUCAAUUCGGUUGUAUGUUUUUUUUUAUGUUUGUUACUUCAUAACUCCAUCAUUUCUGGACCGAUUUUGAAAAUUCUUUUUUUGAUUGUAAGUAUAUACAUACAGAUUGGUCCCGUUUUUGUCAAAAAGCAGUUCUGAUGAUGGGUUCCAUGAGGAAUCGAGGGAACUCCUCAAAUGUUAAAGGCCAUAUAGUGAUUUUAGUAUUGUCAUUUGUCAUCAACAAAUCAAGCACUUACAUUUAAAAAAGUGACAUUUGAUGAAGUGGAACUGCUGAUGAUGAUCAGAACGGAACUCUUCACGUUUGGCGAUUUGUCCUCUUCGUUAUGUUUGUUAAGCAAGUUAGGUUUUCAAGAAACAUUUUUGUCAAGCUCGAGUUCUGAUGAUGGGAUCCAUGAGGAAUCGAGGGAACUCCUCAAAUGUGAAAGGCAUACAUAUAGUGAUUUUUGUAUUUUUAUCAACAAAUCCAGCAUUUCCAUUUUAAAAAGUGACAUUUGAUGAAGUGGAACUACUGAUGAUGAUCAGAAUGGAACUCUUUAAUGACGCAUAGUUUACGUUUGGCAAUUUUUCCUCUUCUUUAUGUUUGUUAAGCAACUUAAGUUUUUAAGACAUUUUUUGUCAAGCUCGAGUUCUGAUGAUGAGACCCACGAGGAACCGAUGGAUCUCCUCAAAUGUGAAAGGCAUACAUAUAGUAAUUUUUGUAUUUUCAUCAACAAAUCCAGCAUUUACAUUAAAAAAAGUGACAUUUGAUCACUUGAUCAAAUGUCACUUUUUUUAAGGAACUGCUGAUGAUGAUCAGAAUGGACCCGGACCGAACUCUGACCCAAACUUGGACACGGACCUGGACUCGGAUCCGAACCCAGACUCGGACCCGGAAAUGCUACUAGAAAAGUGGGUUAGGUUGGUAGGUGGGUUUUGAAGAACAGAACUGCUAUCAGAAAAGUAGGUUAGGUUAGGUUAGAGCUGUGACCCUUACAGAAAAGAAAUGCUAUCAGAAAAGUAGGUUAGGUUAGAACUGCGACCCUUACAAAAACGAGAUGCUACUAGAAAAGUGGGUUGUUUUACCUCCUUUUCUACAUAAUUAGGCAAAAUAUGCUGUCUUUUUCAUUUCAUUGUCUGGAAUCUAAGAGUGCACCAUCAACAAUAAGUGAACUUUCAGCGGCAUCCCCCAUUGAAGCCGGUUUUUUUUUCUUAAAAAUUAUAGUUAGUAACAUACCUAUUCUAAGAGUCAAAUUUUACCAUUUUUCUGUUGUGUUAAUAAUAGAUAAUAUGUAUAUUAUAUUAUAAUUAUGUUUUAGUAAAUAAACGUUAUUUAUAUGUUGGGGCAAUCGGUGUGUAUUUUUAGCUGAUAAAAAUAAAAAUUAUUUAAUGCUUU